AGUCUUGUUCAUUCUUGCAUGUCUGACACUACAACUAUUCUUGUAUCGCUUGUCUUGCUCUUCUUUGUCGUGCGCUACGUUCUCUUUGGUGGUCAGACUCAACCUCCAGGAUCAAAUGUUACAAGACAAACAGUAACUUCUAGAAGAGGCCGGUUUCCAGUACCUCUUUCAAGUGUUGAUGCAGUAUUUUCCAUGUUUCCACAUAUUCCUCGAGCUACUAUUGAACUAGACUUGUCCAAUACUGGAAGUGUCGAAGAAACUUGCGAUCGAAUUCUUAGUGGUGCACUUGUAGCACCAGUUACUCCAGUCCCUGUAAAUACUUCUCAAGCAAGAGUUUCUACUGCAUCUACACCAGCAUCUUCCCUUCCUGUCUUUACGAACAAGCCGCCACCUUAUUUAAAAUCAGAAUUAGAAGUGGUUGCAGAACCACUUAAAAAGUGGGAACCAUCACCCGAUGCACGUCAACUGAGUCUUCGUCAACGAAAGGAAUUUAUGGUCCAACAAGCUAGAAGAAAGUUUUUGGAAACCCAAUAAAGUAUAGUCAUACGAGAUGUAUGAAUC